CGUUGAAAUUUGUCAGACGCGAUUCUAGUUUCUUGUGCAGAAAAGAUUCAUUUCCGUGAAACUUUCACGAGAAUGCAUUUAAUUUUCUUUGCUCGGGGAACACACGACCGAACGUUACGGGACGUGAUCGAACGUGACCGAAUGUAAUGGAACGUAACGAGACUUGACGGAGACUCGACGAGACUAAACCAAGACCGAACACUAUGGAACGAAAUCAGACAAAUAUUCAUCUCGUGUGGCUGACAAGUAAUCCCGUAAAAAUUAAACGCUGAACAAGAAAAAUGCAGACAAUUAAGUGCGUCGUAGUGGGGGACGGUGCAGUAGGUAAAACUUGUUUGUUGAUUUCAUAUACCACCAACAAAUUUCCAUCUGAAUACGUUCCAACAGUAUUCGACAAUUAUGCCGUAACUGUAAUGAUUGGGGGAGAACCGUAUACUUUAGGAUUAUUCGAUACAGCUGGUCAGGAGGAUUACGAUCGUUUGCGUCCUUUAAGCUAUCCUCAGACCGACGUAUUUCUUGUCUGUUUUUCUGUCGUGUCGCCCUCGUCUUUCGAAAAUGUUAAAGAAAAGUGGGUUCCAGAGAUAACUCAUCAUUGUCAAAAGACACCGUUCCUAUUGGUUGGUACUCAGAUCGAUUUGCGAGACGACGCCGCGACGAUCGAGAAACUUGCAAAAAAUAAACAGAAACCUAUAUCGGCGGAACAAGGAGAAAAGCUCGCCAAAGAGCUGAAAGCGGUGAAAUACGUCGAAUGCAGUGCUCUUACACAGAAAGGCUUGAAAAAUGUGUUCGACGAAGCGAUCCUAGCAGCUUUAGAGCCUCCGGAGCCAGUGAGAAGAAGACGAUGUGUCAUCUUGUAGAGCAGAACCUACAUCCUCUCUGAAAUCUAUUAGCGCUAUUCAGCCGAAGACUGUGAGUUCCAUCGUACGGUGCAUGCAAGAACAUUUUUCGACGAUCGGUAGUUCCGAUAUCCGAGUAUCGGUACAAUUCAUCUUUCGUUUCUGACGCAUUCGAUACGUGCUCGACUUGAACGAAAAAAUUCACACAAAAAGAUGAGGAACAGACAUUUUAUAUAUAAAUGGAGAUCCGUAUAAAUGUAUAGUAUACGCAUUUCCAGCCAUCGAUCCGUUCGUUGAAUAAAUAUAAGCAAUGACCGGUUUCGCUUAUAUCGAUUCAUGGCAGCGAGCAUUGAUACUUUGACGAUCGCACGAAAGAAAUGGCAUAAUCACCGAGAUUCUACGAACAUCCAUACGAUUUUCGUAACAAAACAUUUGCAAAACAUUCAACUAUUGUGUAAGACGUUUUUAUUGAUAAAUUGGUAGUGUGAAUUUUUUAAUAAAUCAGUUUUAAAAAACGAUUCGAACCUAUGAAUACAUUUCUCACGAUUUCUACUUCGAUACGUAUGUUGAUCCUUUCCGCGUUUAAUAGCCAAAUUUUUGAAACAUCCGUUAAAUGCAUUCUCUAAAAAUUUAUUUAUAUCGCCAAGAAAACCAUAUUUCUACGGACAUCCAUAAAAGAUUAACACGGUGGUGUGGUUAAAGCUUUAUUUACAUUCGCUUUUUUCACGGGUGAUAUCGUUGAAUGAUUAAUUAAACUAUAGUACAUGUAAAACUUGUUCUUAAAUUUGGCCGUUUAUUACCAUGAAUGUUUGGUAUCUAACUUUGGAUUGAAAUCGAUUACAUUCGGAUAUCGAAUGUUAUCUUACUCUUCUACUCUAACACGUUGAUACUUCAUUUCUAUAUUUAAGUCGCUACAAGUACCGAUUGCGAUACACUGUUAUUACACAUGUACCUGGAUAAUGCACACGCCCAAAUCGACCGUUGUCCAAAUCGUCUAAUACUCUUUUUUUUUUUGCGAAACGAUGUAUACUUCUAUGGUUUUGCUUCCCCGUAAAAGAGGACAAAGCGAUUACCACGAAACGUGUAUCUCGGUGUACAUACGCUUUCACGUACACUAUCCGUACGUUUCAAAUAUAGAGAGGGCAAAUUAAUCUCGACUACCUGACGCGGGAU